AUGGGGCGUAUGAACGUUACUGCGAUGCGUUACCUGGACGCCGAACAUUUUCGGGUUCUUGUAUCGGUUGGUUUUUUCACAUGAUCAUCGAAAAAAAAAAACCUAGAGAAGUUUCUAGCUUCUGUUUUAGCUAAGAAGAAGCGGAAAAAAAAUGCAUCGAAUCAAGAAAAAAAGAAAAUAAAACAAAUAACUUUUUUAUGAUGUUGUAAAUCUUCUCAUAUUUAAAAUGACUGAUUCGAAAGUUUUGAGCUUAACUAAUUGCAAGAAAAAAAUCACAAAGAAGACAUUUUUUUAGGUUGAAAUGGGAAUGAAAAAAACCACGAAGUGGUGCCUUUGGCCCUGAUUUCUUCGAUUUCGGGAAUCCAUCGGGGCGCCGUUUCUAGGACUUUGAAGGACCUCUGCAAGCACCAGCUGUGUGCUUUUGAGCGGAGCAAAAAAAGUGUUCGUUAUUUAUUGGAAGUUCACUUUCAAACGAAAAUACAUAAAUAAAAAAAUUUCUUCCACUUCUAUAAGAAUCAUUUUUGCUCGCACAGAGGCCGUAUUUAAUGUAGUGGGAAAUUGUUUUCUGCUGUUUUCGGGAAUCGCAAAAAGCCUGAAACUCGCUGAUAAUUCCUUAGUUUCUAUUUUUUUUCGAAUUUUAUAAUAUUCUAUUAGAAGAUUCAGUGAAGGAAGAACAGAUAAACAUUUUUAUGGAAAAAUAGCGGAAAAUGAUUUUUCAUUUUAUGGAACACUAUUUCUGAGGAAGCAUUUCUUAAAAUCAGUUUUAAAGGAAAAGCUCAAAAAACAGAAGGAAAACUUUGUUUGAAGAUGAUUUUUGAGAAAAGUUUUUGGAACCCUUUUUUAUAAACUGGACUUUAAAGGAGUUUCAGAGCAAAAUUAACUGUUAGAUAAUUUCUUUUCUUAGAAUCACUGAAAAGGAGAUUUCGAUAAUUCAUUGGAAUUUUAAAAAAUUUCCUUUUUCGAGGAAUUUCAUGAAAUCUUUUGAACUUUUUCUUUGUUGGUGUACAUUUGAUAUAUGCAAAAAGGAAAUUCGAGUUGUUUCUCAGAACAAAAUUUUUUGAGCGCUCAUUUUUCAAAUUUCCGUUUAUUGUUUUUAAUUAUUUUUUUUAUGAAAUUUCAAUCUCUUCCUUUUUUAUCGAGGCUUUUCAGUUGAUGGAUAUCGCCUUACGAUCAGAGGAUACGACUUUUUGGCCUUGAGGGCUUUGACUUCACGUUCCGUGGUCGGAAGUGUCGGAAAUCAGAUCGGAAUCGGAAAAGAGUCUGACGUCUAUGUGGGCGGAGAUCCUGAUCUGAAGGUUUUUUUCUGCUAAAAAAAUUGAAUAUUUUUCUUUAGCAAUUCCAUUCAGUUUUUUUAAAAGAAAGACUUUUUUUCAUUGAUUGGUUUCUAAAAAUCAUUCUGUGUUCACUUCUCAGAAAUGUCUUUAGAGAGCUUGAAGCAUGCGAACUUUUUAACAAAACCGUGAAAUUUUAUUCCAAUCCAUUUUUUUAUUGAGAGUUUUUUUUGUUUUUUUUCCAGUACAUGAUUUCGGUAAUAAAGUUUUUUUUUUGGAAAAAGGCAAAAAUAUCUUUCGUCAACAUUUAUAAUGAUUUCAAUGAUUUCAAAGAUUUUUUUAAAUUUUUAAAUGAAUCGUUGAAAAGUAACUUAUACUGCACUCUCCAUAACUGUGGAGUCCAUGAUAGCACGAAAAUGGCUUGUUAGAAUCUGUUGUUUUGAAACGCAACCGUCUGGGAACGCCUUCCGCACGUUCACAUAAUGAAUCUCAUUGUGGGCGAUACAGAAAUCAAAUUUAGAACUUGAAACGCUACCCGUUGAGGCAUUCUGUAGUCCGUUCGCCUCGACUUAAAACGGCAGGAUCCCUCUGCGCUCUCUUUGUCUCUCGGCGGCGCUCUUGUUUUUACGUGAUGUUUUCAUGUUUCUCUGACCUCGCCGGUGAGGGAAACAAGAGACGCAGACAGGCAGAAAGUUAAAAGUUACGGCGAAUGCACUAUACAUGCAGAUCGGAUCAUUUCAAGAGAUUCCUUCAAAUGUUUGCUUCACAGGACCUUUGUCUGAAGUUCCAUCGACUUGGCAGAACCUCUUUCCGGAAGGUCAAAGACAAGCGCGACUAUCACAACAAGCGGAAAAACGCGUCCUGGCUUUAUUUGAGCCGUCUCGCCGCCGCAAAGGCAGGGAAAGCAUGAUAAAAAUCCCGAAACUUGGUCCUUUCCAGGAAUUUGCUUUCCUGAAAGCCCUGCACGAAAGAGGAUUUCCGGUGCCUACGGCCAUUGACGUUUCCCGACAUCUCGUCGUCAUGCAGUUCAUUGAGGGAAAAACUCUUUGUAACGUACAGGAACUUAAUGACCCUGGAGCCCUGUAUUCUAGGUGAUUGUUGAAGUUCUUUGUUGAGAUGCAAAGAAUAUUUUAAAAAAAGCAUUUUCAGAUGUAUGUCCCUUAUUAUGAAACUUGCAAGACAUGGUCUUAUCCACGGCGAUUUCAACGAGUUCAAUAUCAUUUUGGUCGAGGUUAGGCUUUUUUUGGAUUCAAAAUCACACGGAUAUACUCUAUCCUUUUCUUGAUGGAAAAUUCCUCAUACAUUAAGUUAUACAAAGCUUGUUUUUUUCUAUCAAUUCGCCACGUUAAUAAAUCAAUUUUGUUCAGAGAAAUCCAUUUCCUUUUUCUCUAAAGAGUGCUUCAUUGAAUUUUUAUAAGUAAAUUUUUCGUGGUUGCUAGAUCGGUUUCUAGCUUCUUUAUGAUUAUUCGAUUCCAGGACGAAAAAAUAGUGAUGAUCGAUUUCCCACAAAUGGUCUCUAUUGAUCACCUCAACGCGGAGUACUACUUUGACCGUGAUGUCGAGUGCAUCCGGACCUUUUUCAAGUUCGAUUUUAUUCUGUAACCUGCCUCAACUGAACUUCGUAUAUUCAGACGCCGUUUCGACUAUGAAAGCGAAAUUUGGCCGAGGUUUUCCGAUAUUGAACGGAAAAGUAACAUGGAUGUGCUGAUCGAAGCGUCGGGAUUUACGAAAAAGAUGCAGAAUGAUUUGAAUAAAGUUCGUUUUCUAAGAAGAACUUCGUAUGGCCUUUCAUUUUUCAGUUUUGAUAUGUUUUGCUAAGGAAAUUUUUGAAAUUGUGAUCAAAUUCUUUAAUUAUCGAAGUUUUUUUUCGUGAAAUUUUUCAGCGAGUGAUGAAUUCAUCCAAAAUAGGAAAUAUGCGCUUCUUUGGAGAAAAAAUAUUCAAAAAAGGAUCUUCGAUUUUUUAAAACUUUUCUUUUUUUUAGAAGUCGAUAGUUUUGGGAGUAACGAAAAUUUUUAUGUUUCUCGCGUUAUUUUAUUACUGGUCCAUGGGAACUUGCAAUUCGAUAGAAAAAGUAUUCAUUUUAAGUUUCAUCUGAGUUUUUUCCACAAAGAGGUAGAUUUUUCAAGGUAACUCGAUUUAAAGAUCAGGAAAAAAUUAUCAAAACCAAAAGUUUGAGUUUUAAUAUUGGUUAUUUUUUCGAAUGAAAGUUUUCCCACCGUUGGAGUUUGACAAGAAAGCUCAGCGAGUUUAUAGAAACGAUUGAGAGGCUUCAUCAAAAUUUUGAAAACGGAAACUUUUUUUCCGUUCAUAUUUUUGCUUUCAGGCCUACGAUGAGGGUAAUUUCAAAGCCCAUGAAGAGGGCGAAAAUGAUAAUUCUGGAACUGACAGUGAGGAUGAAGAAGACGAUUUUGAAACCGACCAAGGCGACGAUGAAAGUGAUCCUGAAGUGAGGGAUUUAAUAAUAUUUGUAUUCCCGUUUUGCUGUUUCAGAGCCUCGAAGAUUUGUUGGAAGAAGAGGAAAGCGAAGAAUCCGAGGAUGACGUCGACAAAGAGGAGCUCCAGGCGGAGAAUGUUGAAGCCCAGCAACAGGUUCUUUUUUUAUUCCAAUGAAAUAUAAUGAUGUUUUUUUAAUUUUUGAUAUCUUUUCAUGAGCAAGUCUGAAAUAUUUUUGUGUUUUUAUUGUUUUGGAGAAUUCGUAUAUAAAAUCAAAACGUGAUAAAAUCAUAUUUUUUUCCGUUAUAAAAGCAGUUGGAGAUUUAUUAUGCUAAUUUCUUUUUUUUUCACUUAUUUAUCUUUUCAAAUUUUUUGCAAAUUGAGAAAAAGCGCUAAUUUCUUUCAACGAAUCAAGCAAAAAAUACGAAAAAAAAAACAUUUUUGGAGACGAGGUGUGUAUGUUGAGUUUAAAGCAGUUGAUUUUGUUGUUUUGCAUUUCCUUUUUUUUGACUUUGUUUCAUACUUUGGUCAAUAACGCUUUAAAAUCGGAAAAAAGCCUCACCAAGUAUUUUUUUUUUUAGCAAAUCGUCCUGUCGAAGAAUUCGCGGUUCAAUGAUUGGCUGGACACGGCGACUUCACAAGUCGACAAUAUCGAUUUGAACGGAUAUCAACGAGAAUGCUUCAAUGAUGUCGACAAGGCCGAUCAUGAGGUUUUCCCUUUUUUCGAAAAAAAUAUUCUUAAUCAACUUCCCAAAGAGAAGAAAGAAGUUUUUUGUUUUGAAAGGAUGUCGCGGCUUUUGAAAUUGCUCUGAAAAGAAACUAACUGGAGAAAGAAGAAAAACGUUUUAUUUUUCAAUUUUUGAAUCUUUAAUAUCGAAAAUGCCUAUAAUUUUGAUGAAAGUUUUGUUUUCGUUUCCUUCCCAAAAAAACUUUUAGUUUCUCUGAAAUAUAUAUAUUUUUCGAAGUUAUUGACCAGAAUAUAUUUCUAGCAGUUCAGGUAAAUUCUAUAGUUGUCCGAAAAAGCGGAUUUUUAGGCGAUCCCUUGUGGAACGGUCCCGGAGACGACUUCCGAAAGACUCGCAGCUCAACAUGAGCCCGAAACAGAAGAGACAGAAGCCGCAGAAGUCCCGGUACCCCGACGAAAAAAGGCGCCUGCCAAAGCCAAUUCCAUCGCCACCAGCGUGGCGACGUUCACUCCAGAGGAAAUCAAACAAAAAGUGAAGCUCGACAUGCAACGGAAUAAGCAGAAGGUUCAUAACGAUUCAAAAAAAUAGGUUACAGGCAACUAUAGAAAUUUCGAGGUGAAAAGAGGAAAAAAAACUUCUUGCUCUCAUAAGAACAUUUGAAUCCUUUGGAGACUGUUUCAGUUACAAAAAUUAGUUGUAAGUUAUAGCUGAAUUGCAUUCGAUUCGAAAAAAUCGUCAGUUUCUGACAAAAAAGCAAAAAAUUCAUAACGUUAAUUUUUUCAAAUGAAGAAAUGAGGGUAGGUGAACGCAGGUGCGCUGUUUAAAUUGAAUUUUUCAUUUUCUUCUUGGGGCUGUAAUCCGAAAUUUUUCAACUUAACAUAGAAAUUGAGUUCUUUAUUUUAAACUUCGUUAACAUUUGAGAAUCGAUAGGGCUUAUUAAAACGCCUAAAUCGAUUAUUAUUUUUUCUUUUUUGGCUGACUCUCAGUACCUCUUUCACUUCUUUGACUUUUGAAUGAGGUUUUCGCAAAGAUUUGAAGAUUUAAUAGGCCUAUGUAGUUUAUUUUUUCGUGAAAUAGCGGCGAAUGGGGUUUUUCUGAUGUUUUCAUACGACUUCAGUUGAGUUAACUGCAUUUUAUGUUCUCACAAAUUUAAAAUUUUCAUGAAGUUUUGUGUGAAUUUCAUGCCUUCUAUAUAGGGAAACUAUCAGAAAAGGAAGGAAAUUUUUUAUUAUCGUUUUUCUUUUGAUAUGAUUAUCAGAACUUUCUUCAGACGCGAUUGAAAGUCAAGGGAAAACAAAGCGCUGUGAACCGUGGACGCAAAGAAAAUCGUGACUUGAUUGGAGAAUAUGCCGGAUGGAUUUGA